UCACAAUUUUUCAUCAAUAUUUUUUUUGCGUGCAGACUGCAGUUAUAUAUAUGUAGCAUCAUAUAAUAAAGUGUACGAAAAGAUCAAGAGAGAAAAAGUUAAAGAGAGAAAGAGAGAAAGGGUUACAUUUUAUCAUCAUUAUCGUCAUUGUAAUUUAGAGAGAGAGUUUUAUCAAGUACCUUGAUUUAAUUAAAACAAAACACUACACAUUUUCAAUCAAACACAUAAUUUAAUUGUUGUUUAUGAUUAUAUGAUAUAAUUAUAAUCAAGUUGUAUAUGUGGAUCCAACAAUGUGGAUCAGUUUAAAAACCAAGAAAAUUAUUAUUGGCAAUAAUAUUGAUAUUAAAAAUACCUGCGCCCAAGUACCGGCCAACUGGACCGCUUGUCAAAAAUGGCUGACCUCUGAAUUGUUAUUUUCUCUUGAAUACAAAAUUGAAAAAUUAUAUUAAAAACACAAAACCAUCAUACCAACACAAUCAAUAAUUAAUAAACAAUAAUAGUUAAUAAUAUUAUUAAAUAACUUGAAAAAUUAUUGUUUAUUUAUUGUUAUUAAUAUAAAUUAAAAUGCCAAGGAUAAAAGCAUCACCUAAAAAAUGUGUCAAGACAUCAAAUUCACAUCCAGCUGCAAAUAGCUGGGUAUUUCUUAUGAAAGGUGAUGGUCUUGAUGGAAAUGAUGGUGGUAAACCUGAUGUUGUUAAAUUAAAACAUCCAGCUAGUGGACAAUCAGCAAUGUUUGUAUUUAGUACUGGUGAUUUGACUGUUCAAGAAGUAUUGACAUUUGAUGAAAAUAAACGUUCAUGGUUUAUUGAUGAUAAUGUUAAAUCAGAUGGAAAAAUGCAUUUAUCAACACCAAUUGAUCCAAUAUUUUUGGUUUUACCAUAUUUAAGAAAUUCACAACAUGUUAUGCCACUUGAACAAGUAUUACGUGAUGAGGAUUAUCCAGAAACAAGUAGACUUGCUAAAUGUCAAAAUUUAAAAUUAUCUCUUGUUGCUGAUAGAAAAGGUGAUGAAUCUUAUCAAGCAUUUAAAUAUAAUGAAGAAAAAACAAUGUGUUGGUUACAAAAAAAAGUUGAAAGAGUUGCUGAUAUACUACGUCAAAAAGGUAUACAUGUAUCACAAGGUGCUGUAAGUGCAAAUUAUGUUAAAAGCACAAAAUAUGAACCUGGUACAGAUAUUGAAUAUAUUAAAUAUGCUCAUGGUAUUGUUUCGGAAUAUUUAACUGAUGAUUUAUCAAAAAAAUUGGCACAAUAUUUAAAUAUUCCUGAUGAAGCUGAUAAAAAAAGAAAAUUAAAUACUAAUCCAAAAGAUGGACCUGAAGAAAAACGUCAAAAAAAAGAACCAGAUGAUGAAAAUUUAUCAAGAUCACGUGCACUUGAUCUGACUAAACCUGAAAAGCCACAAAAGCCACCAACUCUAACGAAAAAGGAAUUAGCUAGACAAAAAGCUGCUGCUGGUUCCAAGAGUAUCACCAACUUUUUCAAAAUUAAAUGAAAAAUUAAAAAUAUUAAAAUAAAGACUGUUUAAUCUA